UUACUUUCAGGCUCAGUAUUUCACACAACCGCGAAUCGAAGAGUACCGACAAUGUUUCGCGCUUUACUGUUCCAAUGGGUAUAUACAAAAUGCAUCUCACUUGCGCUAUGUAAUGCGUAGCCUGGGUUAUAUUCCCACCAUUCCGGAAACAAUACAAUAUUUCCGACAAAAACUUAAUUUUCCAUCAUUUCUGGAGAUUUUGCAUAAGGAAAAUCAAAAAGGUGAUCCUCUACAAGAGAUAAUUGGUGCAUUACAUGGGAUCGAUCCAAGAAAUCAAGGAUGGAUUACAGUUCUUGAAUUCAUCGGUAUUCUGUCAACAGUUGGGGAAAAAAUGUCGCGGGAGGAGAUUUAUAAUGUUCUUCAACAACUAGACGUUACAGGCGGCCGGGUACCAUUCAGUACACUGCUGAAUUUCAUUUCCAAUAUGUCCAUCGAUUAUAAUUAUUUCCCUGUUGACAAUUCUUAUGACACAUGGGAAUAA